AUGAGCCGACAGGUAUCACAAGACCGCCCAGUUACUGACACCGUGGUGCCCGGUGACCAGAUAAUUCGCGACUUUUCUAUCAUCCCAUUUGAGGAAGACCCGGACUCCACCGGUCGGAAAGAGGUUCUACAAUGGCUGGAAGAGCGAGAAGACCGUUAUGUUGGGCUCUUGGGGGACAGUGGUAUUGGGAAAACACAUGUUGCUCUCCAGUAUGCACAUCAUGUGCAGCAACGAUUCCCAGAAAUCUAUAGUUUUUGGGUAGAUGCAAGAUCUAGAACCACACUUGAACAGUCGUAUCAGGACUUUGCUGCGAGACUCCACCUCGUCGGAUAUAGUAGUGUGGAUCACAGUGCAUACAAAGUGGUUCACGACUGGUUAUGUGAUGACAAGAAUGGGCCCUGGCUGAUGUUCGUCGACGACAUCCAUUGGGACGUGUUAUGUCCAAACAACGAAAUUGACCAAACAGGGUGCGAGCCGCUGAAAUCCUUCCUGCCAGAGCGUGGCCAAGGAUCCGUUAUCUUUACGUCUCGGGAUCGGCGGGUGGCAACACAGCUGGCGCCUACAGAUGCUAUCUACACCAUGAAAAUACCGGGUAAAGAUGAAGCCUUCGCACUGCUACAGAAAAAGCUUGGAAAUAACGUCAAAGAAGAAAAGGCGGCAAUGUUGGCCCUCGUAGAAGCUCUUGCAUAUUCGCCACUUGCAAUUUGUCAGGCGGCUGCCAAUAUGACUCGUCAAAACCCCAGAACCUCUGUAUCAGCCUACCUUUCUCAGUUCACAAAUACUGUUGAAUCUCUUGAUCUCGAACAUCGUGAUCCCAGUAUCUGUAUUGACAACCCAAUCAAAACAGCCUCACACAUAACAUCAAGGCAGAAUUGUCUCAAACGAAACACUGUCGCCGAUGCUCUACUCUUCAUGCGUUUCUUUGAUCCUCAAGAUAUUCCUACGUCCGCUCUCCAAAGCUACGCACAUGACGUCUUUGGGAAGACGCGAAGUGCACAGUUAAGUCCUCAUAUACUCCAUGAAUAUCUGGCACCGUCCAAGAUAAGGGAGCCAGAGAUGUUCAAAACGUACCCAUAUCUGCAGAUUUAUACUCAGAAGUGGUUGUUAUCGUCUUCCGAAACGCAGUGUUGGAUUUGGGGAUUAUUUGCGGCAGCUCCAGAGGCUCAUGAUCAUUUAUCAACUAUUGCGUCGAAACUUGAAAUACUUGAGGAAGAUGAACCUCCUAAUACAAGCGAUUUCUUGACUUGGAGCAAAGCUCAGAGCAACCUCGCUAUCUUCCAUAUCCUGCUGGGAAACCACUCCCGAGCAUCGUGGAUAGCCGAAAGGGUGGUUGGUGCUGAUGUGAGGAAGCUGGGGUCAGGCCAUACAGAGACGCUCAGAAAUAUGGACAAUUUUGCGUUUGUCUUACGAAGACAAGGUAGACUUCAACAGGCCGAGGAGUAUAACCGACAAGCUUUUGAGCUAAGAGAGGAACAAUUCGGCCCAGAGAGUCCAGAUGUGUCUCAAAGUAUCAGUCCUGUCGCGUGGGCUUUACAAGACCAAGGGGGAUGGGAAGAGGCUGAGACCCUCCAUUGGCAACUACUUUCGUCACAAAUUCAGCUAUUCGACAAGGAACACCCUUACAUAGCUGCCAGUCUCAACAAUCUUGUACUUGAUCUUCGCCAGCAGAAGAAGCAUGAGGAAGCUUAUGCAAUCACCAAGAUCUUCUUUGAAAAUGGACUUAACAUCGAGUCCAUAGACCGCUGUGUCCAGAUUGUAUUGUCAUGGGCUACAGCGAAGGGAUGGGAACACGAUAUGAGACUGUUGCUAGAUGUGGUGGCUAAUCUGGAGGCUGAUAACGAAACCGAGUGCUCGGCGAAGGCCUCAUGCAGUCCAGACGACUAUGAUUCCGAACACUCAGAUAACGACUCCGUGUUUUCUAUCCCACACUCACUUUCUAGUAUUACAACACUAGGGACUAAUGCAGGUGAAAUCAACCUGCUGUUUGUUCAACAACUAUCGAGUCUACUUUAUCGAGAUCAUGCUUUAAUAUCCCUCAUUGGGACAGCAGUGUCGGAGGAGAGAAUCGGCUACGAAAGAAUGCGAAAUAACUUUCGCAAGCUUCUCAAGCACUACGCCAAGGACCUCAAAGCAGAAGUGACCACUGAUCAACAUCAAGACCUAGUCGGCUUUGUGAGCGCAUACUCGGCCCAUAUUACCCGAGAGCUCUUCUCGAUGUCUCCAUUAGUAAAUCAAAACAGGGUUUUCGCUAAACUCACAGAGUUCAAUGGUGAUUCAAACUCGAGCAAAGAGCGUCUAAGGAAGGUGGAAGACUAUCUUUCCAGCGUCGAUAAGGACAAGAGUACAGACCCUGAAAUGGAUACUGACAACAGCAGUGAUGAAGACUGCAUGGAUGCAGAGGAUGAAGAAAAUGCUCGGUAUGAUGGCUCCUUAGAGAACUUGAAUCUCAUGGAGAAUUUCGUUCUUAAAAGCGUUGACUAUCAGAGCCUUCACCGUCGUCUCUAUGAUUUCGUCCACCCCUCUCUGUGGUCCAGGCUACGAGAUCUACUGACAUCAUGGUCGGACCCUGGCCACAAGCAUCACGCCUACGUGACUCGGUACAAGCUUCGUAAUCUGGCGGCUGAGCUACGGCAUGUUGAACCUCAAGCCAUCCAUAUCAGUCGAACUGAACAGUAUCAUCUUUUCUCGUAUCAAGGGAUUGAUACUGGUGGUCUCGACAGCCAAAGCUUCUUCAACACAUUAAGGAACGAGUAUUUUCGUCUCCGAGGCGUUCUCGGUAGCUGGUUCAGCAUUUGGAGGUAUUCUCACUGCGAUUUCUACAUGUCUGAAAAGUUCGAUGAUCAUGAAUUUGCUCUAACAAGAAAAGACGUCUUCCCAGAGGUGACUAACCCUGACUAUGAGUACCUGCCAAAACCAAUGGAGAGUAUUCCAACAAUCUGCGAACAUGAGUUUGAGAAGCGAUUCUACGCAUGUUACUAA